AUGUUCAGGAGUCUUGUUCAAAAUACUAACUUUAGCAGAGCAGCGUCUGGGCAUGUUGUGUCAAAGUUUGUUAGAUUGAUACUUUCUAAAAAGCUCACAAAAUUUAAGGAAAGCAUGGUAGAGCCAUACUUACAAGAUGCACAUUUCGUAUCAUGUCUGGCAAAACCUAAUUUUGAGUUGUUGCAAACCUUGUAUUUGGACAUUGGUAUUCAUCAAUUGAAAAACUUUAAUGAGAGCGAAUUUGUUGGAUCAUUACUUCAAAAUGCAAUCAGAGAUUACCCUUAUGCUGAAUUGCCUUCCUUCUUAAGAAAAUGUAAAGAACAAUUAGGUAUGAAUUUUUCGCAUCCCAAUGCACUCUAUGCUGCAGUAUCCAGAUCAUAUGAUUCUCUUGAUGUGCUAAAAUUUUUAGUUGAAGAGUGUCAUGUUGAUGUGAAUGCUGACCUUUCACCUCAUGCUGGCGCAUUACCACUAGUCAUUUUCAAUUCGAUAUCAGGAACCAAAGUGGAUACUAUUUUGUACCUUGUUGAAAAAGGAGCUACUGUUUCAGAGAAUAACAUGGGAACCUAUGAAGGAUUAUCCACGGAUCAGUUGUUGUCAAAUUUUAUUAGUAACAUGGAAUAUUUCAUAUCCACUUGUAAAUUACUGAUUGAAAAGUUUAAUUUGAAGCCAGACGUCUUUGCGUUUUUAUAUAACUUGGGCUACAGUGACACUGUUACUGGCUACACUGUCGACUCCAUAUUUGAAAUUUUGGACUUUUGCGCUCAACAUGGAUCUUUGCUUACCACCAACAUGGAGGAUGCAACAAACGCACUCCAAUAUGUAUUCAAUCACUGGAGUGAUGCCUCUUUUGUUGCACAGGAUCAGAAAUUGUUAAAACACGAGUUUGCAGCAAGAAUUUUGGAAAAGUAUGAUAUUACCCUUGAAGAAGCAACGAAUGAAAAUGAAUUCAUUUAA